AAACAAAUUGCACUGUCAUUGCAUUGUAUUUACGUAUUGAAUGAUAGCACAGAAAAAACAAAUUGAAUUUCAAUUCAAUCAUUCAAUUCAUUGCACUCUUCACUGACAAAGACUUUUUUGGGAUUAAUAUUGAAGACGUUUUUUUAGACCAUCGAUGGCAGUGAAGACACAACAAGUCAGACACGAUAUGUCGAAUGUGACCUCUGCUGUUCGCAAAUCGGCCGCAGCCGCCGUCGACGAUAUAUAUCCAACAUUUAACAUAACAUCGGCGUCGGGUAUCAUAUCAUUGCUCGAUGAAGACAAUAGUGAACUUCGGGUGUUUGCAUUGAGAAAGUUGAACACAAUUGUCGACGUAUUUUGGCCAGAAAUAUCCGAAAUCAUCGAAAAAGUCGAAAUGCUAUACGAAGAUCAUAGUUUCGGCGAACGUAAAUUGGCCGCAUUGGUGGCCAGUAAAGUCUACUAUCAUUUGGGCGCUUUCGAGGACUCACUAACCUAUGCCUUGGGUGCCGAAGAACUCUUUGAUGUUACCCAUAGUUGCGAAUAUGUCGACACUAUUAUUGCCAAAUGUAUCGAUUACUAUACAAAACUUCGUGUCCAACAGUUUGCCAGCGAAACGGCUGGCGAAUCAAGUCUGGCUGCUGGUCCGUUGGCUUCAAUUGAUCCGCGACUUGAAAAGAUUGUCAACCGUAUGUUUCAGCGUUGUUUCGACGAUAAUCACUACAAACAGGCAAUUGGUAUUGCAUUGGAAACCCGCCGAAUGGAUAUAUUCAAGCGGGCAAUCACCGAAUCUGGCGAUAUGGCCAGCGUAUUGAACUAUGCCUUCAAGAUAACAAUGUCGCUGAUGGAAAACCGACACUUUCGUAACGAUAUACUGAAAAUACUGGUCAGUCUCUACCGUAAUCUCGAAGUACCCGAUUUUGUAUCGAUGACACAGUGCCUGAUAUUCCUCGACGACGCUCAAUCGGUAGCCGAAGUACUCGACCGAUUGUCGAAGGGUUCGGAUGACAACACUUUGAUGGCCUAUCAGAUUGCCUUUGAUUUGUACGAAUCGGCGACCCAACAGUUUCUUACUCGUGUUGUUCAAGCCCUACAAACUGGUGCACCGAUACCGGCACUGAUUGCCAAACUGAACAAACAAAACGAAACCAAACCACAGGCAUCGGCCGCAGCCGCCGCUAGUAGUGAGACAACAACAGCUGAAACUACUGCUACUACCACUACUACUGCCGGCACUACUGAAGUCGAAAAAAUGGAAACCGAUGACCAAAGCAGUCCAACGGCGGCGGCGGCGGAGAAAAGCGAGACCACAUCAUCACCAGUUGCAGAGACGACGACACCUAAAUCGGAAAUACCAAUACCGAAGUUGGAAGAUCUUAGCGAAGAUGAAAAACAACGUCAGAAACGGUUGGAAAAGUUGGCCAUCAUUUUAUCGGGUGAAACAACUAUUGAACUACAGUUGCAGUUCUUGAUUCGUAACAAUCAUUCGGAUUUGUUGAUCCUGAAGAAUACUAAAGAUACGGUACGCAACUCGAUCUGUCACAACGCCACGGUUAUUGCCAACGCUCUGACUCAUUGCGGUACAACUAGCGACCAGUUUUUGCGCGACAAUCUCGAUUGGUUGGCCCGGGCAGUCAAUUGGGCUAAAUUUUCGGCUACGGCCAGUCUCGGUGUGAUUCAUAUCCGACACGAAAAAGAGGCGCUACAUCUGAUGGCGUCGUAUUUGCCACGCGAUAGCGGUCCCGGAUCGGGAUAUACCGAAGGUGGUGGUCUAUAUGCGUUGGGCUUAAUCCAUGCCAAUCACGGAUCAGCUAUUAUCGACUAUUUAGUUAACCAAUUGAAAGACGCCUCAAACGAAGCGGUCAGACACGGCGGUUGUCUGGGUCUGGGAUUGGCCGCUAUGGGUACCAAUCGAAGCGAUGUCUAUGAAAUUUUAAAAUCAAAUCUAUUCCAAGACGAUGCCAUUACCGGUGAAGCGGCCGGCAUAGCCAUGGGCUUAGUUAUGUUGGGCUCGAAGUCCAAUGCUACCAUUACCGAUAUGGUUUCCUACGCCCAGGAGACACAACACGAGAAAAUAUUGCGCGGUCUGGCCGUCGGUAUCGGUCUGACAAUGUUUGGCCGACUGGAAGAAGCCGAUACACUGAUCGAAAGUUUGUGUCGCGACAAGGAUCCACUCCUUCGACGAUCGGGAAUGCAUACCAUUGCUAUGGCCUACUGCGGAACCGGCAAUAAUAAAGCUAUUCGGCGACUACUUCACGUUGCCGUCAGCGAUGUCAACGACGAUGUCCGACGGGCGGCUGUCGAAGCCAUCGGAUUUCUACUGUUCCGUACACCCGAACAAUGUCCGAGUGUUGUCUCACUACUGUCCGAAAGCUACAAUCCUAAUGUACGCUACGGUGCAGCCAUGGCUUUGGGUAUCUGUUGUGCCGGAACCGGUAACAAAGAGGCUAUUGCACUGCUGGAACCGAUGACCAACGAUCCGGUAAAUUUUGUACGUCAGGGUGCACUGAUAUCGUCGGCACUGAUACUAGUACAGCAAACCGAAGCUACCUGUCCCAAAGUGAAAGAGUUUCGCCAACUGUACGUCAAAGUCAUUAGCGAUAAACACGACGAUGUUAUGGCCAAGUUUGGCGCCAUACUGGCCCAGGGAAUCAUCGAUGCCGGCGGCCGUAACUGUACAGUUGCCCUACAAUCACGAACCGGACACACGAAUAUGCCAGCCGUGGUCGGUAUGUUGGUGUUCACCCAAUUCUGGUAUUGGUAUCCAUUAACUCAUUUCAUUUCGCUGGCCUUUGCCCCGACCGCCGUUAUCGGUCUCAAUUCGGAUCUGAAAAUGCCGAAAAUGUCGAUGAAAUCCAAUGCCAAACCGUCGCUAUACGGUUAUCCGGCACCGCUUGAAGAGAAAAAAGAGAAAGAACGGGAAAAAGUAUCGACAGCUGUCCUAUCGAUUACGGCAAAAGCCAAACGAAAGGAAGCGGAGAAAAAGGAACAAAAAGAUGGCGAAAAAAUGGACAUCGAUUCGGAUGCAAAAGACUCGAAGGAUAAGGACACUAAAGAAACUAAGACUAAAGAGUCGACGGCAACGACAACAACAAAAGUUGCCGACAAAGAUGCAGCCAAAGAGUCGACGACAGCGACAACAGCUUCGGCUGCGGCGGCCAAGGAUACCACCAAAGAUGGUGUUAAACCAUCGACAUCUGCAACGAAAGAUAGCACUACAAGUAGUAGUAAAGAUAAAGAGGCGGCGGCGACGACAGUGGCCAAAGAACCGGAACCGACAUCGGAAAUGUUGGAAAAUCCUGCUCGAGUUGUACGCCAACAGUUGAAAGUCGUAUCGGUGGCCGACGGCUGCCGAUAUCAGCCGAUUAAAGAGCUAUCAAUUGGCGGUAUUAUUAUGCUUAAGGAUACCGAUAGAAAGGAACCCGAGAUUCUGGUCGAACCAGUGGCCGCCGGCGGUCCCAAAGUCGAGGACGACACAGAACCCGAACCGCCCGAACCAUUUGAAUAUAUAGAGGAUUGAUUGAUAAACAAAUUAAUGAUUACUUUUUAAAUUAUUAUUAUUUGCUAACAUUUUUUUCUGUCUCUCUCUCUCUCUCUCUCUGUUUUAUACACAUUAUUAUAAUUA